AUGCAUGCUUUUUUAUAUAUCAUACCAACAUGCUUAAUCAGUCCUGCAAUAGCCGAAAAUGGCCUCGAUGGCUGGCUUCGAUAUGCGCUGUUGCCAGCUUCUCUCACCAGUCAUUUCCUGACUGGCUUCCCAUCCAACAUCAUCACGCUGAAUAGCUCUAUCAAUAGUCUAGUGUAUACAGCUGCUCGAGAACUGCAAAAGGGCUUACGGGGGAUUCGUCAUAAAGACGUCGAUAUCAUCUGCUCGAAUAAGUCUCAAUCACAGUUCGCGUCUAUUGUCAUUGGUACAGUUGAUAUCUUCACGAAGACCUUUGGAAUCGGAAACAGCUGGGAUGAUUUGAUUCAAGAUGGUUUCUCGCUAAACAUAUCCGAAAAUUCAGUACGGAUCAUAGGUCGGAAUGAGCGAGGAACCUUUAAUCCGCAUGCGCCGAUCAGAUGCGUAAAUCAAUGGGACAAUCUUGACGGAAGUAUUGAGCGAGGUUACGAAGGCUCCUCAAUCUUCUUCGAAAAUGGAGUUAUCGUUCGUGAUCUAACUCGAGCUGCCGAAUAUGCUCGUCUGUUGGCAUCUAUUGGCGUGAAUGCUGUGGUGGUAAACAACGUGAAUGCCAACUCAUCUCUUUUGACGCCAGAGAACAUCCAGGGUCUCAGCAGGAUUGCAGACGUUUUUCGACCACUUUGCUUCGCCGCAGGAGGCUGGGGUUUGAGUAUUUAUGAUCCUUUAGAUCCGGGUGUUAUCAAGUUCUGGUGGAAUAUUACAAAUCAGCUCUACGAGGCUGUGCCCGACAUGGUUGGGUAUCUGGUCAAAGCAGACUCAGAAGGUCAAGCAGGACCACUUGUAUACAACCGCACACUGGCCCAAGGAGCCAAUCUAUUUGCAAAUUCUUUGAAGCCCCAUGGGGGAGUAUUGAUGUUCCGUUCCUUUGUUUACAACAAGUUGAACGAGUCGGACUGGAAAGCAGAUCGCGCAAAUGCCGCUGUAGAGUUCUUCAAGGACCUAAACGGAGAGUUCGAUGAGAAUGUCAUUGUCCAAAUCAAAUAUGGGCCUAUAGAUUUUCAAGUCUGUGAACCUGUAUCACCGCUGUUCGCCAACCUGCCGCAUACGAACACCGCGCUUGAACUUCAAAUCACUUCAGGAAUACCUCGGUCAGCAAUGUCAUUUGGUUUAUAUGCCUCCAUUAUGGAAGACGAUUCUUGA